CCUGGCCCGGACCACCCCGGCCCGCCGCCCCGUCAACAAAGUGGUGUACGAUGACCACGAGAGCGAGGAGGAGGAGGAAGAGGAGGACAUGGUCUCCGAAGAGGAGGAGGAGGAGGACGGCGACGCCGAGGAGACCCAGGAUUCGGAGGACGACGAGGAAGAUGAGAUGGAGGAUGACGAUGACUCCGAUUAUCCGGAGGAGAUGGAAGACGAUGACGACGACGCCAGUUACUGCACGGAAAGCAGCUUCAGGAGCCACAGCACCUACAGCAGCACUCCAGGUAGGCGAAAACCAAGAGCACAUCGGCCUCGUUCUCCAAUAUUAGAAGAAAAAGACAUCCCACCCCUUGAAUUUCCCAAGUCCUCUGAGGAUUUAAUGGUGCCUAAUGAGCAUAUAAUGAAUGUUAUUGCCAUUUAUGAGGUACUGCGGAACUUUGGCACUGUUUUAAGAUUGUCUCCUUUUCGCUUUGAGGACUUUUGUGCAGCUCUAGUGAGCCAAGAGCAGUGCACACUCAUGGCGGAGAUGCACGUUGUGCUUUUGAAAGCAGUUCUGCGUGAGGAAGACACCUCGAAUACUACCUUUGGGCCUGCUGACCUGAAAGAUAGCGUCAAUUCCACUCUGUAUUUCAUAGAUGGGAUGACAUGGCCAGAGGUGCUGCGUGUGUACUGUGAGAGCGAUAAGGAGUACCAUCAUGUUCUUCCCUACCAAGAAGCCGAGGACUAUCCUUAUGGACCAGUAGAGAACAAAAUCAAAGUUCUGCAGUUCUUAGUUGAUCAGUUUCUUACGACAAACAUUGCUCGUGAGGAGUUGAUGUCUGAAGGGGUGAUCCAGUAUGAUGACCAUUGUAGGGUUUGCCACAAACUUGGGGAUUUGCUUUGCUGUGAGACGUGUUCAGCUGUAUACCAUUUGGAAUGUGUGAAGCCACCUCUUGAGGAGGUGCCAGAGGACGAAUGGCAGUGUGAAGUCUGUGUAGCACACAAGGUGCCUGGUGUGACUGACUGUGUUGCUGAAAUCCAAAAAAACAAACCAUAUAUUCGACAUGAGCCUAUUGGAUAUGACAGAAGUCGGAGGAAAUACUGGUUCUUAAACCGAAGACUCAUAAUAGAAGAAGAUACAGAAAAUGAAAAUGAGAAGAAAAUCUGGUACUACAGCACAAAGGUCCAGCUUGAAGAAUUAAUAGACUGUCUAGACAAAGAUUACUGGGAAGCAGAACUUUGCAAAAUUCUAGAAGAAAUGCGUGAAGAAAUCCACCGGCACAUGGAUAUAACCGAAGACCUGACCAAUAAGGCUCGGGGCAGUAACAAAUCUUUUCUAGCUGCAGCUAAUGAAGAAAUUUUGGAAUCCAUAAGAGCCAAAAAGGGAGACAUUGAUAAUGUUAAAAGCCCGGAAGAAAUAGAAAAGGACAAGAAUGAGACCGAGGAUAACAACAGUAAAGAUGCUGAGAAAAGCAGAGAGGAGCUUGAAGACCAGUCCUUUGAGAAAGACAGUGAUGACAAAUCACCAGAUGAUGAUCCGGAGCAAGGAAGAUCUGAGGAGCCAACAGAAGUUGGGGAUAAAGGUAACUCUGUGUCAGCAAAUCAUGGCGACAACACAACAAAUGCUUCUUCAGAAGAGACUAGUCCCUCUGAAGGGAGGAGCCCUGUGGGGUGUCUCUCAGAAACCCAUGAUAGCAGCAACAUGGCAGAGAAGAAGGUGGCAUCCGAGCUCCCCCAGGAUGUGCCAGAAGAAUCUAACAAGACAUGUGACAGCAAUAACACUAGUGCUACCACUACCUCCAUCCAGCCUAAUCUGGAAAACAGUAACAGCAGCAGUGAACUAAAUUCUUCCCAGAGUGAAUCUGCUAAGGCAGCUGAUGAUCCUGAAAAUGGAGAAAGAGAAUCUCAUACACCUGUCUCUAUUCAAGAAGAGAUAGGUGAUUUCAGAUCUGAGAAGUCUAAUGGGGAAAUAAGUGAUUCUCUUGGAGUUGGAAGAGGAGCAUCUGGCUCAACCCGAAUUAUCACCAGAUUACGGAAUCCAGACAGCAAACUUAGUCAGCUGAAGAACCAGCAAGUAGCAGCUGCAGCCCAUGAAGCAAAUAAAUUAUUUAAGGAGGGCAAAGAGGUACUAGUAGUUAACUCUCAAGGAGAAAUUUCACGAUUGAGCACCAAAAAGGAAGUGGUCAUGAAAGGAAAUAUCAACAAUUACUUUAAAUUGGGUCAAGAAGGGAAGUAUCGUGUCUACCAUAAUCAGUACUCCACCAAUUCAUUUGCUUUGAAUAAGCACCAACACAGGGAAGAUCAUGAUAAGAGAAGGCAUCUUGCACAUAAAUUCUGUUUGACUCCAGCAGGAGAGUUCAAAUGGAAUGGUUCUGUCCAUGGGUCUAAAGUCCUUACUAUAUCUACUCUGAGACUGACCAUCACCCAACUAGAAAACAACAUCCCUUCAUCUUUUCUUCAUCCCAAUUGGGCUUCACACAGAGCAAAUUGGAUCAAGGCAGUUCAGAUGUGUAGCAAACCCAGAGAAUUUGCAUUGGCUUUAGCUAUUUUGGAGUGUGCAGUUAAACCAGUUGUGAUGCUACCAAUAUGGCGGGAAUCCUUAGGACAUACCAGAUUACAUAGAAUGACAUCAAUUGAAAGAGAAGAAAAAGAGAAGGUAAAAAAAAAAGAGAAAAAACAAGAAGAAGAAGAAACAAUGCAGCAAGCCACAUGGGUAAAAUAUACAUUUCCAGUUAAACAUCAGGUUUGGAAACAAAAAGGAGAGGAGUACAGAGUAACAGGAUAUGGUGGCUGGAGCUGGAUUAGUAAAACUCAUGUUUAUAGGUUUGUUCCUAAAUUGCCAGGCAAUACUAAUGUGAAUUACAGAAAGUCAGCAGAAGGAAUCACAAAUAAUGUGGAUGAAAAUAUGGAUGAUUUGGAUAAAAGAAAAAGUCCACGAAGUCCUAAAAAAUUUAAAACAGAGCCUGAUUCUGAGAAAGGUGAUGUAAAAGAUUCAGAUCCUGGAAAAGAAGCAGACCAGAGUGAAAUGGAGACCUCAGAGAUGACUGAGAAGGACCAAGAUGUAAAAGAACAUUUAGAUUCUGACAAUGAUAAAUCCUUCAAGGAGGAACCAAUGGAAAUAGAUGAUAUAAAAACAGAGUCACAUAUAAAUUAUCAGGAAAGUUCUCAAGUAGAUGUGGUCAAUGUCAGUGAGGGUUUUCAUCUAAGGACUAGUUACAAAAAGAAAAUAAAAUCAUCCAAAUUAGAUGGACUUCUUGAAAGGAGAAUUAAACAGUUUACACUGGAAGAAAAACAACGCCAUGAAAAAAUGAAGUUGGAGGGUGGAAUUAAGAGUACAGGAAAGUCUUCUCCGAGUUCUUUGAAAAGUCUCUCUGAGUCACCAGUAGUAACAAAAGCAAAAGAAGAGCAUCAAAGUGACUUGCUUAUACAAGAACAAAGCUUCAGUGCAAGUAAUGACAAAUCUGAGGACUUGAUUCACAGAUGUUCACAAAGUGAUCCCUCAGUUCUUGAAACUGGUGAUCCUAGUCUUAUCGCAAACAAACAUUAUGCAAAAGAUCAAGUGUUAGAUGAUAUCUCCAUUCAAAGUCCAGGGACAAACAAUCAGAAACGAAAUUCCAUUGAAAAUGACAUAGAUGAAAGCCUCUCUGAACGAACCAGUAAAGGCCAGGAACUCAGUAAGAUAAAAACAGACAGAAGUGAUUUCUUCAUUGAUGACUCUAAACCAGUUGGUGGAGAUGAUAUUGGCACUUUGAUCUAUAAGAAUAAAAAACCACUCAACCAGGAGGAUAAUGACACUAUUGUUUCUUCUGAAAAUGCUUUUCUUCCAUCAACACCUAAAAGUACCGGGGACAGAGAUACUGCAUCUCUGUCAAAAGGAAUGGAAUUUGAUGGAAAACUAGGAUGUGACUCUGAAUAUAAUAGCACUUUAGAAAAUAGUUCUGACACUAUGUCUAUUCAGGAUAGCAGUGAAGAAGAUAUGAUUGUUCAAAAUAGCAAUGAAAGUAUUUCUGAACAGUUCCUAACUCCAGAACAAGGUGUUGAAAGCUUGGAGCCAUUGAAAUGUGAGUUUGUUUCUGAUAAGUCUAUUAGAAACUGUGAUAACAGGUUACAGGAUAUGGUAAUGGAAACAAAUGGCAGAAAACUAAGUCAACCGCAAAAGUUAGAGAGACCUGUUAAUAAAUGUAUUGAUCAAGUAAGUCUUAAAAAUAUCACUGACAAAAAGAAUAAUGAAAAUAGAUCUGAAAAGAAAGGACAGAAGGCAAGCACAUUUCAAAUAAAUGGAAAAGAUAAUAAACCUAAAGUAUAUUUGAAAAGUGAAUGUUUGAAAGAAAUCUCUGAAAGUAAAGUAGUCAGUGGUAAUGUUGAACCAAAAGUUAAUAAUAUAAAUAAAAUAAUCCCUGAGAAUGAUAUUAAGUCAUUGACUGUUAAAGAAUCUGCAGUAAAGCCAUUUAUUAAUGGUGAUGUCAUCAUGGAAGAUUUUAAUGAAAAAAACAUUUCAGUAACACAUUCACAUUUACUAAGUUCUUCAGAUGCCAAAGGUAAUUACCAAGCCAGCCUCAAGACCCUGCCAUCAACCAAAGAGCCUGACAGUGUACAGCGUACCACACCUCUAUCAUCUUGUCCAGAAAGCAAUUCAUUUAAUCAGGUAGAAGAUAUGGAAAUUGAAACUUUAGAAGUUAAGAAAGAUACACUAUCACCUGUUACAUCUGGAGAAGAAUCUAACCUCAGUAGUGAUUUUGUUGAUGAAAAUAGUCUUCCCACCAACAAAGGUGAAAACAUCAAUGGAGAAUCUAAAAGAAAAACAGUCAUCACAGAAGUCACCACGAUGACAUCUACAGUAGCCACAGAAUCAAAAACCGUGAUCAAGGUUGCAAAAGGUGAUAAGCAAACUAUGGUCUCAUCCACAGAAAAUUGUGCCAAAUCCACUGUCACAACCACCACCACAACGGUAACAAAGCUGUCCACACCCUCCACAGACAGCAGUGUCGACAUCAUCUCUGUAAAAGAGCAGAGCAAAACCGUGGUCACCACCACAGUGACAGACUCACUCACCACUGCAGGAGGCACACUGGUAGCAUCCAUGACUGUGAGCAAGGAGUACUCUACAAGAGACAAAGUAAAACUGAUGAAAUUUUCAAGACCGAAGAAGACUCGUUCAGGUACAGCUCUGCCAUCUUAUAGAAAGUUUAUUACCAAGAGCAGCAAGAAGAGCAUAUUUGUUUUGCCUAAUGAUGACUUGAAAAAGUUGGCCAGAAAAGGAGGAAUCCGAGAAGUCCCUUAUUUUAAUUAUAAUGCAAAACCUGCCUUGGAUAUUUGGCCCUAUCCUUCUCCCAGACCCACCUUUGGUAUCACUUGGAGGUAUAGACUUCAAACUGUCAAGUCCCUAGCAGGAGUGAGCCUGAUGUUACGGUUGCUGUGGGCCAGUCUGAGGUGGGACGACAUGGCUGCCAAGGCUCCCCCAGGAGGAGGGACUACACGAACAGAAACAUCUGAAACAGAAAUCACAACAACAGAAAUAAUUAAGAGGCGAGAUGUUGGUCCUUAUGGUAUUCGUUCUGAAUAUUGCAUCAGAAAAAUCAUUUGCCCCAUUGGAGUUCCAGAAGCACCGAAAGAAACACCUACACCUCAGAGGAAAGGACUUCGAUCAAGUGCUCUGCGGCCAAAGAGACCAGAAACACCCAAGCAAACUGGCCCUGUUAUUAUUGAAACCUGGGUAGCAGAGGAAGAGUUGGAACUAUGGGAAAUCAGGGCAUUUGCUGAGAGAGUGGAGAAAGAAAAGGCCCAAGCAGUUGAGCAACAAGCUAAGAAACGAUUGGAGCAGCAAAAGCCUACAGUCAUUGCCGCUUCUACCACCACUCCAACCAACAGUACAACCAGCACUAUCUCUCCAGCUCAGAAAGUUAUGGUGGCCCCCAUAAGUGGCUCAGUUACUACUGGAACUAAAAUGGUACUAACUACCAAAGUUGGAUCUCCACCAACAGUUACAUUCCAGCAAAACAAGAACUUUCAUCAGACUUUUGCUACAUGGGUUAAGCAAGGCCAGUCAAAUUCAGCCACCAGCACAGCUGCCACAUCUGCUACAACUAUUGCCAGCACAGGUCAGACGUUCCAAAUUACAGGCAAUCCAGUCACUAUGGCAGGAAAAGUAAUUACCAAACUGCCACUUCCUGCAAACAGCAAGAUUGUCGCUGUAAAUGUGCCAGCAACACAAGGAGGCGUUGUUCAAGUGCAGCAGAAAGUCCUGGGUAUCAUUCCAUCGAGUACAGGUACAAGUCAGCAAACCUUUACUUCAUUCCAGCCCAGAACAGCAACAGUCACAAUUAGGCCUAAUACCUCAGCCUCUGGAACAACCACCAGCACAUCACAAGUAAUCACAGGGCCUCAGAUCCGCCCUGGUAUGACGGUGAUUAGAACGCCUCUCCAACAGUCAACACUAGGAAAGGCAAUUAUUCGAACACCUGUGAUGGUGCAGCCAGGUGCUCCUCAACAAGUGGUGACGCAGAUAAUCCGAGGCCAGCCCGUUUCCACUGCAGUUUCUUCCCCAGGCACAGCUUCCUCCACACCUGGGCAGAAGGGCUUAACUUCAGGACCAUCCACUCCAAAUCCGCAGUCAUCAACCCCACAACCCCCUCGCCCCCAACAAGGACAGGUGAAGCUUACCAUGGCUCAGCUCACUCAGUUAACACAGGGCCACGGUGGCAAUCAGGGUUUGACAGUAGUAAUUCAAGGACAAGGUCAAACUACUGGACAGUUGCAGUUGAUACCUCAAGGGGUGACCAUACUCCCAGGGCCAGGGCAGCAGCUCAUGCAAGCUGCAAUGCCUAAUGGUACUGUACAGCGAUUCCUCUUCACCCCAUUGGCAACAACAGCCACAGCGGCCAGCACCACCACCACAACUGUUUCCACUACAGCAGCAGGUUCAGGUGAACAACAACAGAGUAAAUUAUCACCCCAAACACAGGUGCAACAAGCCAAACCUCUGCCAGAUCAGUCAUCAAGUGUGAGUCAUGCAGAAGCCCAGCCACAGACUGCUCAGCCUUCAACGCAGCCCCAGCCCCAAUCCCAACCCCAGCCCCAGUCCCAACCCCAGUCCCCAACUCAGCCUGAAGUUCAAACUCAGCCUGAAGUUCAGACCCAAACAGCUGUUUCAUCCCUCGUCCCUUCUGAACCACAACCAACCCAGUCAUCCAACAAACCCCAAGUUGCAGCACAGUGUCAGCCUCAAAGUCAUGUCCAAGGACAGUCUCCUGUUCGUGUCCAGAGUCCACCACGGACUCGAAUACGUCCAUCAACUCCAUCCCAAGUGUCUCCUGGACAGCAACCCCAGGUUCAGACUACAACCUCACAACCGAUUCCCAUUCAGCCACAUACAUCUCUUCAGAUACCUUCCCAAGGCCAGCCACAAUCACAAGCCCAGGUGGUGAUGAAGCAUAAUGCUGUAAUAGAACAUUUAAAACAGAAAAAGACCUUGACUCCCACUGAAAGAGAAGAAAAUCAAAGAAUGAUUGUGUGUAACCAGGUGAUGAAGUAUAUUUUGGAUAAGAUAGAUAAAGAAGAAAAACAGGCAGCAAAAAAAAGAAAGCGUGAAGAGAGCGUGGAACAGAAACGGAGCAAGCAGAAUGCUACCAAGCUCUCUGCUCUGCUAUUUAAACACAAAGAGCAACUUAAAGCUGAAAUCCUGAAAAAGAGAGCGCUCCUGGACAAAGAUCUGCAAAUUGAAGUGCAGGAAGAGUUGAAGAGAGACCUGAAAAUAAAGAAAGAAAAAGACAUGGUGCAGGUGCUACAGGCCAGUGCAGCAGUAGCACCCUCUCCCCCUCUGGCUACAGCAGUGCCCCCUCCAGCCACUCCACCUUCACCCCCCUCCACGCCUGCUCUGCAGCACUCGGCCCUCCCCACAUCCCCGCUGCCUGCCGCUUCCCAGAAGAGGAAGCGAGAAGAGGAGAAAGACGCCAGCUCAAAGUCCAAGAAGAAGAAAAUGAUCUCUACUACCUCAAAAGAAACUAAGAAGGACACAAAGCUUUACUGUAUUUGUAAAACGCCUUAUGAUGAAUCUAAGUUCUAUAUUGGCUGUGAUCUUUGUACUAACUGGUAUCAUGGAGAAUGUGUUGGCAUCACAGAAAAGGAGGCUAAGAAAAUGGAUGUGUACAUCUGUAAUGAUUGUAAACGGGCACAAGAGGGCAGCAGUGAGGAAUUGUACUGUAUCUGCAGAACACCUUAUGAUGAGUCACAAUUUUAUAUUGGCUGUGAUCGGUGUCAGAAUUGGUACCAUGGGCGCUGCGUUGGCAUCUUGCAAAGUGAGGCAGAGCUCAUUGAUGAGUAUGUCUGUCCACAGUGCCAGUCGACAGAGGAUGCCAUGACAGUGCUCACACCACUGACAGAGAAAGAUUAUGAGGGCUUGAAGAGGGUGCUGCGUUCCUUACAGGCUCAUAAGAUGGCCUGGCCUUUCCUUGAGCCAGUAGACCCUAAUGACGCACCAGAUUAUUAUGGUGUUAUUAAGGAGCCCAUGGACCUUGCCACCAUGGAAGAAAGAGUACAAAGACGAUAUUAUGAAAAGCUGACAGAAUUUGUGGCAGAUAUGACCAAAAUUUUUGAUAACUGUCGUUACUACAAUCCAAGUGACUCACCUUUUUACCAGUGUGCAGAAGUGCUUGAAUCAUUCUUUGUACAGAAAUUGAAAGGAUUCAAGGCUAGCAGAUUGUGAUAUCUUUAGUCUGAAUUUUUAACUGGAAUCAGAACUGGAUGUUGAGGUCACUGUUUAUUGUACCACGUGGUUACCUAAUUAAAAAUUGCCCCUCCAAAAUAAGAUUGGUUAAUAUAAUUUUUAAUGUUAAAAAGAUGUAUAUUGGCAGAAAAUUUAUUCUAGCAGCCAUGUUGAGCAAUGUAUUUAAAAAUUGUAUACUCUUGCAAUACUGUAUUUAUCUACUACUACAAUAUAAAGUAUUUUGACUUAGUCCUGAUAACUGUACAGUAAUUUGGUUUACUAAUGAAAAUUGUGAAUAAAACUGUGAAACUAGAAAGACUUUCUUGGGCUUUAAUAGAAAAAUGUGCUUUUAAAAAUAUUACUAUUUCUCGGGCUGGGGAUUUAGCUUAGUGGUUUCGCCGUCUGCUGCGCAAACGCAAGGACCUGAGUUCGAUCCCCAGUACCAAAAAAAAAAUUAUUUCUCUUUUAAUAUAAUUUUUCCCUUCAUAUUUCCCAAAUCAAUGUAAAUAAACAGGCACAUACCUUUUAUUCAAUGGUAAUAUGGUAAUGCUUCUUUUAAAUGUCUCUAUUUGUCCCAUUGGUUAAGAAUGUUGUACUCUUCAUCAGACAAAUACAUAUAUAUAUUUUUUUUUAAAUACUGGCUUUUUUCCAGUGAUCUAUCAUGUUAGUGUACAGUGAAAAGGUUUAACAGUUUAAGCUUAAAAUUUAAUUGUUCUCUUACAUUUGCUUGCCAAGGAUGAAUGAAAGAAUAUGGCUGCUUCCCCCAGACUGGCUGACCUUGGCAUCCACAUAAAGCAUCAUUGUUUUCAAAAAUGAAGGGUGCUUAAUUGUUCCCUUUUUUCUGUAUUCUGUAGGUCUCAUAACAACAAACUGCAGUCUACAGCUUCUUAAAGUUCAGCGUGUUAACAUAAAAUACAGCAAGAAUCUGGUUGUCUGAACUAUUUUAAAUUAAGGAGCCAGAUGUUUUUAGUCAGGUUAUCCUGACAAGACUUGACCUAAACUUCGUUUUUAUUGGUCAUAACCGUCUAAAUAUAUUCUUGGCCAAUUUUGUCCAACGGACAAGGGAAAAGCAAAGUCAACGACACCAUUAUCUUGUCAAGAUCAAAUGGUUUUACUAUUGUGGCAGAAGUGGGAAAACUUUGUUUAUUGAAAAAAAAAAGAAAGCAAGAAAAAAAGAUACUAUGGGGUCAAGUGUAGCUCCAUGGAAAUGCCACGUCUGCUCUUCAGUGAAGAAGCUGGUUUAGAGUCUCACAGAAAACUUUUGACUGUAUUUAUUUAUUGUUGCAAAAAAGACGCUUUUUUAUUGCUGCCCUCAUUUGUCAGCUAAUUAUUUUUUCUUAUAAAAUCCAGCCUCAGUUACAUGUAAUCCAUCCUGUAUCUUAUCAUGAUUCCUGUAGGUAAAAGUACAAGAUGACCUCUAGAUGUCUUUUCUUUCUAUGAAAGGAGCUGCUAUGUACACAUGUGCACACACACACAACUGGGAAUCAACAAUGAGUUUAUUGUUCAUGGUAGACAAAAAUUAAGCUUGCAGAAAGGUUGGGCUAAGUGGUCCUAGAGUACAGACUCUGUUGCCUUGAAUAUAUCAGUACAGUUGUCUUUUCCUCUGCACCAGGCUAAAAUGACAAAAUCUAUUUGAAGGUAAUCUUGUUUGUAAACAUUUGUCAGAUUCUAAUUUUUUCUUUUUGUAUUAAAAUUCAACUAUGGAUGUAUAUGAAACAAAAUAAAUGGAGAUAAUUUUUCUCCCACAGAUGGAGGUGUCUUUGUGCGCUAAUGGUUAUCUGUCAGCCUCUGUGGGGAAAGGGAGGGGUUUCCCGGGCUGAAAGGCAGAAGGAUCUGAUUAGACCCAGAUUUUCCAGGGCAGUAGUGGCCCUUUGUUGUGUAAUUCCCAGUCCAUUGUUACCAUGUCAGAGAAAAUCUCCAGGGGUGCUAAUGCUGUUGCAUCACUUGAUCAGUUGAUCGAUUGAUCAAACCGAUGAUGAUGGUAAUAGGGCAUAAUGCACAUCGCCUUGGCUUGUACUUUUCUGUGAUUCCAGGCAAAUGAACAGUUACAGACAGCUACGGAAAUUGUAUGAAGGGCAUUUUUUAAAUGAUCUCAUCCUCUGUGAAUUUUUUGUUGGUUGGGUUAGUUUGUCCUAUGUAAGGAACAGUAGCAUAAGUGGGGAGACAGUGGAAACAGCACAGGAAGGUGUAUUUUGCAUGUUUUUCCUUUCCGUGUUCUGUCUGCAUUGUAUUUUCUGCAUUGUAACAAUGGCUUCUCUGAAAUCUGCCACACUUAGAUUUUGCAGCUUUGCAAAAAUUUUCCUAGAUUUUGCACUAAUUCAUAUCAGCUUUGACCUACCAAGUUCUGGAAUUCACCUAGUUAACUGUUUUUAAAAGUUUCCUUCUGUUCAAUGUUGCCCUGCUAUGCAAAACCUUUCCCAGACCUUAGUUUCUAAAAAGAAAGAUGUUGCUACAGUUCCCAAUUCUUUCUUAUUACAGGCUCAGGUGUAUAGGUUCUUCUGUCUGGGUUAAUUUUAUGUAAUGAAGCUCAUUCCUUUUUGUACAUAAAGAUGUCACUUAAACCUAUGCUUACAAACUAAAGAGACUAAUUGCUCAAUAUGGAAACAAAGUUUUUGCUUAAAAUAUUAAAAUGGAAGUUAAAUACAGGUUAUUUUGUCCUUUAGUUACAAAAAUGUUACAUAUUGUAUGCACUGUGCUGCUGCAAAAAUUCUACAUUUUAAUGGAUUAUAAAAUGAUUCUGCAUCUCAUCACAUCACAGUAUUUCUGUAUGACUUACUCAUAUAUAUAAAUCUAUAUGGGCUUACUCAUUUAAAAGUUGUUGCGGCAAGAACUUUCCUACCAGUAGGCAAUAGAUUGCUAUGUUUUUAACAAAUUGUGGCAAAUUCUUUUUGUACGUAAUAGGACAUUUCAUCCUAGAAAAAUAAAAUAAUGUUUUUGA